CUGAAAGGCUGCUGUUGCCAACGGGGAGAAACAUUUUGAAGAAUUCCACACGGUCAAUACAGACUGCCUGUGCAACUACUGAAGAGAGUCCCGUGCACAUGAACAUGGACAUCGCCACCGUAAAUGCUCUUACCUAUGAGGAUUUUGUGAAUCUGUUGGGCAAUGUCGUGGAGAAAUGUCCCAUAAUAGCAGCUGCUGUGUGGUCGGUCCGUCCCUUUUUAACCUUAACUGCGUUGGAGGCUGCAAUCUGUGAAUUCAUCGAUGCUCUCCCAGAAUCAGGUAAAGAGGGGCUCCUCAGGUGCCACCCUGACCUCGCGGGCAGGGACCUCCAGAGCGGCACCUUGACUCGGGAGUCGCGCGAGGAGCAGGCAGGAGCCGGGAUGGACGCGUUGAACUCCGCGGACGCCUCGCGCAUGGCCCGUCUCAACGAGGAGUACAAGGAGCGUUUCGGGUUUCCGUUUGUCAUCUGCGCCCGGAUGAACGACAAGGCGAACAUUUUACGGCAGCUGUCCGAGCGCUGUCGGAACGAGCGCGCGGUGGAGAGGGCGCGCGGAAUCGAGGAGGUGAAGAAGAUAUGUCGCCUGCGUCUUGAAGCUCUCGUGCUCACUGACGCUGCAAACAAGUUAUGAACCUUAACUACUGGUGUUGUAUCGGAUGUAUCCGGUUCCAGAUUAACCACCCGGAUGUAAAGACUGGCAUUGCAGGCUAUAGGCUGUGUGAUAUUUGCUUUAUUCCAAACAUGU